GGGCGGAGGAGGGGCCGAGGCGGGGCCAGGCUGUACCGUUGACUGUACUGGUCUGUAAAGAUCUCACGCCAUGACUAGGAGACUUGUUCGCAGUCCCUGGACAGAACGCGGCAUGGGGUGUCCUCUGCACGCAGGCACCAGCCACAGCCCUGCAUGGAAGAAGCUGCUUGUAACAGGCAUCCUGCUCACCUCCUGCACCUGCUCUGACUCCUCUGAGCUGCCCUUCUCUGUGCAGUUGGAUUCCUUGACGGAAGGAGCCAGAGUCCACCUGCCUGUCCCUGGAAGCCUGGAUGGCAUUCUCAGCACUUCGUGGUUCCGAGGGCACGAAGCCCAACCGGCAGCCAUGAUAUUCUCCCCUGAGGGCCUCCCAGGACCUGCUCACACUGGCCGGGAGAUGCUGGGCACCCAUGGCAGCCUGGUCAUCAGAAACGUGACGGCCCAGGACUCGGGCAGCUACACAGUGGUGUUAGAGACCAGCAGUGGACGCAGGAGUGCGACGGAGCAGAUCCACGUCAAGAACAGCUUCAAGACAGUGCCGCUGCUGACAUUCCCAGAAACUAUUCAGGGUAUCAUCCAGAGUGACCUCAACUACUCAGUGAUCCUAGAGUGGGUGACAACAAUGAACCCCGAGCCCAUGCAGACGUGGACCCUCAAUGGAAAGAUUUGCGGGACAGGGGAGAAGCUAUUCAUCCGGCGGUUGUCCUGGGAGCAGCUGGGCACCUACAUGUGCACUGCUACAAACAGCCAGGGGCAGCUGUCCUCCCAGCCCGUGACUGUCUCGCUGCCACGUUGUGAAUUAUUAGCCCAUUUUCAGAUGACAAGCUGCCACCAGAGGUUAACUGUACUCAAAGCCCACUCAGGAUCUGAACCAGAAGCCAUUGUGGAUCCCACAGAGGCUGAGCCCAUGGAGCCGGACCCCAGUCUAUCCCUGUCAGGAGGGUCUGCCAUCGGCCUCCUCGUGGCUGGAAUUCUGGGAGCCAUGGCCUUGAUUGGGGGCGUGGGCUUCACCAUCAUCCACAGCCAAAGAUGAGAACUUGAUGUUUCUCUGUCCACUGGAGAAAGAUACCAUCCCAGAGCUUCCAAGUCCACAGCACCUUUGUUCAAGGGAACAGACCAAAUAGACUUGCUUUGCCCUGUGUCAGAAAUGCCUGAAGAAAGCCUCUGAUGGCCUCACUUGGUCCCAUCACUGUGGCCGGGAGAGGGGCAGGAAGACAUUAUGCAAGCAGAGUUCCUGAGGCUCAGCCCUGUCUGUGGGGGCUCAGUACUCAGAAAACAGGGAAGCUUUGUUUUGUAAGCUGGGCAGACCCCAAAUAUGUCGUCUACACAUGCAACUUAUUUUUGCGCUUCUUAAAAAAGAAAACACUUCUUUAUUUUAAAAUGGA